GUAUGGCUGGACCAACAAUAUGAGCGUUGUCAUCCUCAGACUCAGCCACCAUGAAAACUGUGCAAAGAACAUGACAGGGUUCAUUAUUAAUUCCCGUGUAGAUGCUACAGAAAGCUUUGAUGCUUUAUGCUAUGAUAAAAAAGUCGGGCCUGAGUUGAACUGUACGGAAGCAUUUCAAACCAAAGAUGCAUCAGCAGCAGAAGGCCAAGAAGAGACCACUCCAAAAGCACAACCUGAGGAUGCUUCCGAUAGUGAGGGUGGAGACCCCACAAUAGUCUCUUCGAAAGAUCCUUUCAUGGAAACUACCCCAUUAGCCACUACUAAUCCAGAGGAGCCAGAACAUUCCAUAAAUGUUUUGGAUGAAAUCACCUCUGGUGGGAGUGAGAACAACAGUGAGGGGUUCACUUUCACUACUAGAGAGUUAGACCAGCCCACUGGAUCUGGGAUGGUGCCACCAUCGGUUGACAAUGUGGUAGCCUCACCAACGGCCCCUGUUGGAGAAGUAGAGCCUAAAGGACAAGAUGCCAUUACAGAGUCUCCAAAGCAACAACCUAAUGGCAAGGGACAGGACCUAGGUCCUGAUGCGACUAAGCCUGGUUCACAGGAGAGCAGCGGUUCAUCAAACUGGCUGGUUAUCAUUGGAGUGAUUGUGGCAGUUGCUGUUAUUCUUCUUGUGUGCGCAGCUGUUGCCAAAAGAAACAGCUGGUGCGGCAAACAGCAGACCCUGAUUAUCACACCCAAAGAUGGCGAGGGGAACGGGGCAGCAGCAUCUGCAUCCAGCUCGCACGCCCAGGAGAGAGAGCAGGAAAUGGUGACCCUCAUGAACAAGGAGAAGAUCCAGGAGAACGGCAACACGGAGGAGUUCACCGUCAUCACGCUAGAGGAGUCACCAGAUAAAGAACAGCUGGCAUGAGAGAGGAGUGCAAAGGCAGACAGGGAAGAGUAGGUGAGGACAGGAGGGAGAGAGUGAGGUGAUGGUUGGGAGAUUGGAUGGGUCGGGGGUUGGGGCUCCAAACACUGGGGAAGAAAUAUGCUUUGUUGGCCAGCACUGGAUGGACACUGAGUAAGGGUGUAUGUGUGUGUUAUGUAGAAAAAUUGUCCAACUAAGGUUCAAAGUAUUGUCCUGGGUCUGAAGCUGUUGUGUCAGUGGGACCGGGUAUUUGAAAUCACCAUGUGCAGCAUUUUAUUGUGUGGUAUACCAGGUUAGGUCAGAUUCAAUGGCAGUCAAAGAGUGUCAUGCAUGAUGGGGUAUCAUGCAUCGGUGCAUAGCAGGGUGUGUGAAUGUGUUUUUUGUGUCUGUUCUUUGUGUUUGUGAGCUUUAUGCUUUGUUGAUGGUGGGGCUAGAUAUACAUGGAUUUUAAAGGCCUAGGGGCUAAUUUGUGAAGAACAUAUUGAUGACAAAUGAGUUCGGUUUUUUUAUAGAAUUGGUGGUUCCUAAAUUGGCAGGUCUUUCUUCUUAUAUGGGAAUUAGUAAAUCAAUAUUUUAUUUGAGAUUUUUAAAGGAAUCAUUUUGACAACAACCCUUGACGUGUUCCAUGUAUUUCAUUCAUUUGUUUUGUUUGCUUAUUGCUGUAACUUUGUGUAUAUUUCAGACAUUUCCUGUGGACUGGAGUUUGCGUUUUCCAUUUUCAAGAAAACUGGGGAUGUCACUACCUUAAUUUAUGCAGCUUCAUUUUCCCUUUUUCUUGGUCUCUGUAUAUAAAGUAUAUGUUUUCGGGAAUGCCUUAGCAAUAGCUGCCAGUACUUUUUGUGGUUUGGUGGAAAGGGGGCUUUCUAUCCCUUUUUAAAUAAAGGUAUGUGUAAUUUUUUUGAGAGUUAUUUAAUUAGGAAGAGCAUCUCUGAAGUAAACAAUUGUGAAUGGAUUUUGCAAUAGUCAAAGUAGAGUGGAUAUUGGAUGAAUCAACUUGAUGUAUAACAUCCAAAAACUGUGCAACUGAUGCACAUUUGAAGUCAGUUAACAUGGAAUGCAUUUAUAUUGUGUAGAUGAAAUGAAAUGAAGUCCCUGAUGUUAUCCUGAGGAUAAAUAGAAUGAUGAAGAUGUUGUAUAUGUACUAUAUACACAGUGUGUACGAUAAAAAAGAAAGAGCAAAAGGAAGUUUUGGAUAUAGCAGAUUAACCAUUUUGUUGAUGCAAGAUUUAAGCUCAGUGGAGACAAGUGACAGCGGCCUUGCUUUAGAUGCUAAAUUACAUGAUAUGCAUGAUAA